AUGAGCAUCGAAAUCAAAGAUAAUACGAAUAUUCAUUCCAAUGAUGAAAUUAAUCAAGAUAAUAAUGAAUUAUCAGAAGAAAAUGAACAACAAAUUCAACCAUCAUUAUUAACAUCAAAUAAUAAUGAAUUACCAUUAGAAAUUCCAUCUACUGAUAUUAUCAAUGAAAACGAAAAUGAUUCAACAGCAGCAACAAUAUCAGAAGAAAAUUCAUCAGCAUUACCAUUAUCUGAAGAAAAUUCAUUAGUAUUACCUGGAUCUGAACAAGACAAUAAUAAUAAUACAGCUGGUGAUACUAUUCAAUCAGAAUCUUCAAGUCAAGAUGAUGAUGAUACUCAUCAAUUAUUACAAACAAUAGCUGAUAAAUCAAAUAAAGAAGCAUCUUUAACAAUAUUAAAUACACUUGUCGAAGGUGAUUUUGAUUUAGAUAAAAAUUAUAUAAUACAAAAACCAAAAAAUUUAUAUGAAUUAUUUUCUAUAUUUAAUAAAAUGUCAUCAUUAUUACAAGCUGAAAUUCUUAGUGUAUUAAUUGGUAUAAUGCGUAAAAGUGAACGUAAUUUAUUAGCAUCAAUUGAUGCACAAAUUUAUCAAGAAGUUUUAGAAUUAUUAAAUAAAAUUGAUGAUGAUGUUGUUGCUGAUUUAUUAGUUGAUAUUCUUACUGUAUUAACAUCAUUAACAAUAAAUGUUAAUGAACUUAAACUUCUUUUACAUUAUCUUAAAACAGAAAAUCGUAUAUGGAAAAAACAUGCUAUUAAAUUAUUAAAUAUAUUUAAAAGUCUUCCAUAUCGACAUGGACCUGAUGAAUUUUUUAAUUUUCCUGGUCGAAAUGGUUCUGGUAUUGUUUUACCACCAAUUAAAAUUUGGCCAUAUCAAAAUGGUUUUACAAUAACAACAUGGUUUCGUAUUGAACCAGUUGCUAAUGGUAUUAUUGAAAAAGAAAAACCAUAUUUAUAUUGGUUUUGUACAUCAAAAGGUCAUGGUUAUACAGCACAUUUUGUUGGUAAUUGUUUAGUUAUAUCAUAUUCAAAAUUAAAAGAAAAAACAUUUCAACAUUGUAUACAAUAUGAAUUUAAACCACGAGAAUGGUAUAUGAUAACAUUUGCACAUCAAUAUCAACGAUGGGGUAAAAGUAGUAUACAUUGUUAUAUAAAUGGACAUAUUGUAUCAAAUACAAAUUAUUCAUGGUAUAUUGAAAAUAAUGAACUAUUUGAUAAAUGUUUUAUUGGUUGUACACCUGAUCGUCAUGAAUUAACAAGUUUUUCUGGACAAUUAUCAACAUUUUAUUUAUUUAGUAUUUAUUUAGAAUCAUUAAUUAUACAAGGUUUAUAUAAAUUAGGACCAGCAUAUAAAAAUCAAUUUAAAUUUGAAAAUGAAAGUGCACAUGUUUUAACUGAUAUACAAAGAAAAUCAAUGUAUGAUGGAAAAUUAAUGAAUUCAAUUAUAUUUAAUUAUAAUCCAAUUGCAUGUGAAGAAAAACUUGUUUUACAAGCUGCACCUAAAACAAAUAUAUCAUAUUUUAUUCAUACAGCACAUGCACAAAUGUUAAGUAAUGUACGAUCAGUAAUAACAUAUUCAAUUUAUUCAACAUUACAUAGUGUUGGUGGUAUACAAGUUAUUUUUCCUUUAUUUGGACAAUUAGAUCAUCAACAAAUAGAUAAUUCAAUUAAUUAUAAUGUUUGUUCAAUAUUAAUAUCAACAUUAUGUGAAUUAAUUCAACGAUCAUAUACAAUACAACAUCAAAUGCUUAAUUCAAAAGGUUUUCUUGCUAUUGGUUAUCAUCUUGAAAAAGCAUCAAAACAACAUAUUAAUAUGGAUGUAUUAAAUUCUCUUAUAUCAUUAACAACAUUUUUUGUUAAAAUUGAAAGCAAAAAUAGUCCAUUAUUAUUAAAACAAUUAUUUGUUCAUAUAUUUUUUAAUCCUGCUAUAUGGAUUUAUUGUUCAGUUGAUGUUCAAAUGCGUUUAUAUACAUAUUUAGCAACAGAAUUUGUUACUUAUUCAGAAAUUUAUCAUUUAAUACAACCAAUAAGUGAAAUAAUUCAAACAUUACAUACAUUAAAAUAUUUCUAUUGGAUUAUUGAUCCAAGUCAUCGUAGUGGUUUUAAACCAAAAGGUUUAGAUGGAAAUCGACCAACACGUGAACAAAUUAUUGAAAUGAGACGUUAUAUGUUACUUUAUUUAAAACAACUUGUUAUAAGUAGUUCUGGUACUCAAGAAGAAGAACUUCAAGCUAUUCUUAAUUAUCUUCAUACAGUUCAUGAAGAUGAUAAUCUUAUUGAUGUAUUAGAUAUGACUGUAAAUCUUAUGUCUGAACAUCCAAGAGCAAUGGUACCUGCAUUUGAUCGUCGACAAGGAUUAAAAACGGUGUUUAAAUUAUUAGCUAGUAGUAGUGAAAUAACACGUUUACAAGCAUUAAAAUUAUUAGGAUUCUUUCUUCAACGAAGUACAGUAAAACGAAAAACUGAUGCAAUGCAACCACAUAAUUUAUUUUCAUUAUUGGCUGAUCGUCUUUUACUUCAUCCAAAUAGUUUUACAAUGGCUACAUAUAAUGUUCUAUUUGAAAUACUUGUAGAAAAAGUAAGUGGAUUAGUUGUUGAAAAACGAAGUUCAGAAAUUACAGCUGAUUGGAAAAUUGAAAAUCCAGCUAUGAUUAAAGUUAUUGCAACAUUACUUCGUAAUGCAGCUGAUAAUAUUCAUUUAUAUGAUAUUAAAUUACGUUUUCUUGAUGAUUUAAUUUUACUUGCAUCUGCAAGUCGAGAAAAUCGAAGAACUAUUUUACAAAUGUCUGUUUGGCAAGAUUAUCUAUUUGGUCUUGCAUAUGUUUAUCCAACACAUGAAAUACAAUUUGAAAUAACUGAUCGUGUAUUUGAUUUAUUAAAAAUUUUAUUACAUCAUGCUAUUAAAUAUGAAUAUGGUGGAUGGCGUGUAUGGAUUGAUACACUUUCAAUUUUACAUGGACGAAUAACUAAAGAAGAUUAUUAUAGAAAAGUUAAUAAAAUUGUUGAAAGUAUAAAAGAUGAUGAUGAUAAUGAAUCAAUUUCUCCAAGAAAACUUAGUGGUUCACAAACUCCAGUUGAUGAACAAAUUGUUUCAACACCUACUAAAUCAACAUCUAGUCGUCAAGUAUUUAAAACAAAUCAAUUACCACCAUUUACAAUAUCAGAAUUUAAAUAUUCAUCAAUGCAUAUUCGUCUAUUACAUAAUGUUUUUGAUUCAAUUGAAAUUGAUAUUCGUUUAUGGAGAUCUGAUUCAACUAAAUCAAUAAUUGAUGCAAUAAAUAAUCCAGAUAAUCAAAUAUUUUGUGCUAAUGUUGUACAUAUUAUAUCUCAAAUGGCAGAUGUAUUAUGUAAUGCAUGUGGUGGUCUAUUACCAUUACUUGCAAGUGCAACAUCAGCAUCUCAUGAAAUUGAAUUAUUAGAAAAUACUGAAGGUUUAUCACCUAAAGAUGCAUUAAAAAUUUUAAAACGUAUUAUGAGUUUAUCAGAUUUAUUUAUACUUGCAAAUAGUGGAAAUUUUUCUGAACUUGAACAAGAAAAAAGUAUGCCAAAUGGUGGAAUAUUACGACAAUGUCUUCGUUUAUCAAUGACAACUGCUGUUCGUCAUUGUAUGGAAUGUCGUUUUCAAAAAUUUGAUUUAUCAAAAUUAUCAAAUUUAACAUUAGCACAAAAAACAUCAAAUAAAGAUCCAAUUGAAACUAUACUUGAAUUAACAUAUUUAAUGAAUAUGAAUGAAAAUGAUAAUGAAAGUGAUAAUGAAAAUGAUGAUAUAUCAACAUUAAUUGCAUUAUUUAUUAAAAAUCCUGAAUCUGUUUUACAAGAACUUGAUGUUCAACGUUUACGUGCUAUUAUCUAUCGUGAUGUGGUAAGACCAGAUCGAAGUAAAACGAACAAAAAUGUUGUCGUUGUUGUGGAUGAUACAAAACAAUCACAAUUUUUAGCAUUAGCUAUUGUAUAUUUUACAUCAGUACUUAUGGUAUCAAGAUAUCGAGAUAUAAUUGAAACAAAUCAAACAAAUUUUUCUAGACAACCAUCAAUUAUAAGUACAACACCUAGUAUUCGACGUGGUUCGACUAGUGAGAUAAAUGUAGAUACAGUUAGUAUAAAUGAUUCAACAUCGAUUACAAAUAAUCAAAAGAAUAAUGAUGAAUCGGCAGUUAUUGAUGAUAAUAAUGAAGUUAAUAAAAUAAAUUUACAAUCGACUAAUAAAAAUUCAAUCGAUAUAAAUAAUACAAGUGCUACAGCUACUCAAUAUGCAAGUAUUGCUAGUAUUCCUACUAGUGAUUCAACAAUAAUAAAUAAAAAUGAAUUAACUGAAUCAAAACUUCCUGAUUAUCCAAAAGCAAAUUUUAAUUCAAAUGAAUCAUCAAUGAAUAUAACAGAAAAAUUAGAACGAGCAUUAUCGAAUAUAGCACCAUUUUUACGUGAUAUAUUUAUAGAAUUUUCACAUAUACUUACAAAAACAUUAGUUGGUUCACAUGGACAAGAACUAUUACCUAAUGGUUUACAUGCACUUAAACAAACAGCAUCAGUUGUUGAACUUGUUAUGCUUUUAUGUUCACAAGAAUGGCAAAAUUCUCUUCAAAAACAUGCUGGUUUAGCUUUUAUUGAAUUAGUUAAUGAAGGACGUUUAUUAUCUCAUGCAAGUAAAGAUCAUGUUGUUAAAGUAGCUAAUGAAGCUGAUUUUAUACUUAAUCGUAUGCGUGCUGAUGAUAUACGUAAAGCAAGUGAAUUUGAACAAUUAUCAGCACAAACAACUGUUGAACGUAAAUCAGAAGAACAAUUAUGUGAACAUUUUAUAACAGCAGCAAGACAACGACAUCAAGUUAUAGCAUUACGUUUACAAGAAAAAUUUUUAAUGAUGAUGAUUAAUGAUAAAACAAUUUAUUUAAAUAGUUCAAGAUUAUUUUGGAAAUUAGAUCCAUGGGAAGAUGAUUUAAGACGACGACGACGUUUAAUACGUAAUCAAAAUGGUUCUAUACAUAAUGAAGCAACACAAAAAUCAUCAUUUAAUGGUAUUAAUGAUGAUAUAAUAAUAUCUUUUAUACAAGAAGAAAAUUUAUUAAAACAAUUAAAACAACAAAAAAUACAAAAUUUUAAUCAAACAAUAACAGAUGAUGAUGAAAUAUUACAAGUUGAUGAAAAAGAUCUUGAUCAAGAUUUUUCAGGACCAAUACGUUUUUCAACUGAAUGUUCAUUAAUUUGUGGUAUUAAUAUAAUACGUGGUACUUUAGCUAUGACACAUAAUGCUAUGUUAUUUGAUGCUGAUGAAUAUGAUGAAAGUUUUACAAAAAUUGAUUCAAAAAUGUUUCCUUAUAUUGAUAAUAUUCAUGGAAAAUGGCAUUUUAAUGAAAUACGAGCUAUAUUUUCAAGACGAUAUCUUUUACAAGAUAAAGCAUUAGAAAUAUUUGUUUCAAAUAGAACAAGUGUUAUGUUUGCAUUUAUUGAUCGUUCAAUUGUAAAAAAAGUUGUAAACUUUUUACCUCGAGUUGGUGUUGGUGGUCGUUAUGGUUUACCACAACAACGACGAACAUCAUUAGCAUCAGCAAAACAAUUAUUUCGUUCAGCAAAUAUGACUCAACGAUGGCAAAGACGAGAAAUUUCAAAUUUUGAAUAUCUUAUGUAUCUUAAUACAAUUGCAGGUCGAACAUAUCAAGAUUUAAAUCAAUAUCCUGUAUUUCCAUGGAUUAUAGCUGAUUAUGAAAGUGAAAAACUUGAUUUAAAUUCUCCAUCAACUUAUCGAGAUUUAUCAAAACCAAUUGGUGCAUUAAAUCCUACAAGAAAAUC